AUGACAGAUACCUCCUCCUUCGCCAUCACGCACGCCACCACGGAUUCGUACCCGGUCCCCGCUCCCCCAGACUCUCCUGUCAAUGGUGCUAUCUCUGACUCGGGCGCGCCCGAUGAAGAAGAGCCAUACACCAUUAAAUGUAUCUGUCAGUUCAACGAAGAUGACGGUAGCACGGUAUUUUGCGAACGCUGCGAGACAUGGCAGCACAUUGUCUGCUACUAUCCAGACAAGCGAGUACCAGAUGUGCACAACUGUAUCGAAUGUGAACCACGUCAGUUGGAUAGCCGUCGCGCUGCCGACCGACAACGCCAACGACGGAUUCGAGAACAGAGUGAGGACGGGGACCGAAGGAAACGAUCCAGUGCGAAGGCGACGAAAAAAAAACUCAAGGAUGGUGAUAUGAAUGGAUUUGGUCAUCAGCGCAGCGAGUCUGGCGCGCGUGAUCAACCUCCAGCAAAGAAGACGAAAACCUCCCACCGACCGUCUACCUCUAUCAGCGCCCUCUCCGGCACUCCUCAUCUCCCCGCACAAUCUCGUAAACGACGCUCCUCUACCUCCGUUGCGCCAUCUCCUACAAAACUCUCUGGCCCCUCCAUUCCUCUCUAUUCGAACGAAUUCCUACAACUUUACGACGGAGAUGAAGACCAUGUAGACAUGGACAGUAAUCUGUUUGUCAAUGUCAGUCUGGUCGGCGAGUCAGCUUCGUGGGUUAAGAACCCAGAUGCGUUGGCGCGAGUUACCAAUGGACGCCGAGCCGAAGACACAUUCAUUCGGUCCGAUGCUGCCCUGGAUCGCUCGCGUUGGCCCGCCCUGACCACUGACACCAUUACCGAUUCAAAUAUCGAGAUCAGUGGCCGGCACCCUACGUGGAAGAUCGUGAAGACUCAAGAUGCAGUGCGAAAGGACGAGGUCGUUGGCGAAAUCACAGGCAAGGUUGGCAUUUUUGACGACUAUUGCCUCGACUCCAACAACAGGUGGUCUGAGCUACGCCACCCCGAGCCUUUCGUUUUCUUCAGUUCUCACUUACCACUUUAUAUCGAUAGCCGAUGUGAAGGUAGUAUGCUCCGUUACACUCGUCGGUCUUGUCGACCAAACGUCACCAUGAAGAUCUUUAUCACCAAUGACGUGGAGUAUCAUUUCUGCUUCGUGGCCAAAGAAGAUAUCCCCGCAGGCUCGGAGAUUACUAUCAUGUGGUAUUUAGAUGCACAGCUAUCUGAGUCAUCUAAUGGCUUUGUCAAGCAAGAAUCUGGGGACAGUGCGACAGAUGCUGCAGCCAUGUGCAUAAGCAACACUCUUGCGAACUUUGGUGGAUGUGCUUGUGAGCAUCCACAAAAUUGCUUGCUUGCUAAUAUUGAUCGGCGGCGGCAUCCAAAAUCGCUUGAAACCCCCAAGCAAACUAAUGGGAAGCGGAAGAAGGCGAACACCAAACCCGGUAAAUCUCCGUUGGAUGCGCAACGUGGUUCGACUAGUCGUGCUGGCAGUGAAACGACAAAGCACACUGAGGACGAUGAUGCGGCUGUAGAUAGUCGCUCAACAUCAGGCUCUGUGCGAAAAUCUCUCAGUCGCGAUAUUAGUCCAACUGCGUCUAAUCCCGGACUUGCCGGUCUUGGAAUGUCCAGUCGUGAACGCCGCAAGAUCGCUGAUGCGGAGAAACAAUUCCAAGCCCUGGAAAACGACCAACGCACCACCGCCCAAAAGAAGAAGAAGCGCACCAGUGCUCCCUCAGCGCAAUCUCCUGUCGCCAACCCCCCACCAUCGCAUACCACAUCACGAUCUUCUUUCUUUGCAUCACAACGGGCAUCCAACAAAAUGCUUCCCAACAACAAUAAAAGCAAUGCUCAAUCCGAGUCUCCCAAUACCGGCUUGUCUCCUGGUUCAUUGCCUGCUGCUCCUAAUGCGACCUCUCGUGGGACGUCAGGGUCGAUUCCUCCGCACCUUCGACAAUACCGGCAUAACUAUAUGGAUGCGGGAAUCCAAUGUGAUCGCGAUAAUGAUCCGCCGCCAUAUCCACCUCGUGAGAAAUGGGUCGAACUCGGGAUCGUCCCAGGGAAGAACUGGGUCAACCCCAAGAUAGCCCUGCUGGAACGUUACUUUGCAGAUUGUCGGCGCCACAGGGAGAAGUCGGCCAGAGAGCAGUUGUCUUCUGCUGGUUCGGAUAGCGUGAAUCCAGGAGAAUCUGUCUCCCCCUUCACCCAGUCUCCCAACGCUGCGAUGGCUGCAGAUAUGGACAUGGAUACUGCUCAGACUGCGGACAUUAUGCCAUCGGCUAUUGCCGGUAAUCUCGAGGCCAAUAAGCCCGAUCACGACUCACGCAAGUCUCCGACUUUCGCUCCCUGGCCAUCUAUUAUUGCCCACACCACCAGGCUUCUGGGAUCGAUUACUUCGCCCAACCAAGGAAAUCUCCGUGUCUCCAUGCCUCCUCCCAGCGUCCCUGGCAUCCCCCUUGCCAUCAGCCCUGGGUCUGCAUCCAACGCUAGUCUGGCUUCUCCUUCCACCGUGGAGGCUUCUUCUCCCCAUUCCGCACAAAUCCCUGCUGCGCCGACGCCGACGCCAGCUAAGAGAAAGCUCACGCUUGGCGAUUAUCUGAGCCGCCGAGGCACAUUGACAACCCCGACCUCGGAGAGCUCUCAAGCCCAGGCACCCACUGCUGCUCCUACGCUGAACCCCCUUGUUACCCCGGGGCCAGAGCAUGCUGUGAGCGCAGAUGACGCGCAGAAUCCCAGUAAUCCAUCGGCGGACAACAACGCCUCAGGCACCAAGGUUGAGACCUCGCAGCCCAGUGAUGUUACAAUGAAGGAUGCCCCCGACUCGGCAGAGCCCCAUCAUCCCUCAAUCGCUCAGUGA